CCAUCCUCAGCUGUCACUUUUAUCACAUCACACAAACGCCUGGUGUGUUUUUAGUCAAAUGAACAUCAGCCACAUGGCAUCAGCAGGAAAACCCUGGUAAAUUAAAUCAUACACACGGCGAUGAGUCGUGACCUGUAAACCCACAGUGAUCAGUGUUUGCUGGGCUAAACACACCCCACUGAGUACCCCGAUAUUGUUCAGGGGAAAUAAUGGCUGCUCAGGAACCGUCUCCACCAUCUUCCCUGGAAGGCAUCAGACCGGGCUUCCCAAAGAAAAUCCUGGCCAACAGCCUCGAAGACAAGCAUCUGUGCAACUCGUGCCACAAAGUCCUGAGAAGACCCCUGCAAGCUCAGUGCGGCCAUCGCUUCUGCUCCUUCUGCUUCAACAAGAUAGUGAGUUCUGGACCACAGAAUUGUGGUGCUUGCAUCAAAGAAGAUUUAUUUGAAGAACCCACCUCUAUCCUCAAGCAAGGUGGUGCUUUCCCUGAUAAUGCAGCUCGGAGAGAAGUGGAGUCCCUGGCAGCUGUCUGUCCCAAUGAGGGAUGCACGUGGACGGGAACUAUCAAAGAAUUUGAGGCGAGUCACGAGGGCAACUGUGACUUCAUGAUCAUCCUGUGUCCUUCCUGUAAAGAGCUGAUGAGAGCCAACGAACAGGAACGCCACAACGAGAGAGAAUGUCCAGAAAGGACACUCAACUGCAAAUACUGCAAAGAACCCUUCCUGUUGAAGAACAUCAAGGCUCAUGACGAAAUCUGUCCAAAGUACCCGAUGAUUUGUGAAGGUUGUGCAAAGAAAAAGAUCCCCAGAGAAAAGUAUGUGGACCAUAUUAAGUUCUGCAGUAAAUUUAAAGCUCCAUGCAGAUUUCAUGUUGUUGGCUGCGAUACGUCUGUGGAGAAAGAGAAGAUUCAUGACCAUGAGCGGCAGUGUUCCUAUGAACACCUCAACCUGCUCCUGCAUUUCAUCAUGGGCAUCAAGGUGAGCCUUGAGAGCCUGCAGCCCCAGAGCCUUGAUGUGGCCAGCCACAAGCUGCAGGAACUCCACCAGUCCCUCAGGGACCUGGAGCAGAAGAUGAGCCAGCUGGGUGGUGGCGGUGGUGCAGCUCCCGUGCUCGGUGCGUGCGCCCUUUCUCUGGCCACCUCCUUCACCCCACUGCCAAGCGCGGUGGGUGCUGCCCUGGAGCUGAAGCUCCAGAGUGAAAAGACCAAGGUAGCGGAGCUGAGCCGGCGCUGCCAGGAACUGGAGCUCAAAGUGAGCACGUUUGAGAACAUUGUCUGCGUCCUCAACCGAGAGAUGGAGCGCUCCUGCACCACCAUGGAGGCCUACAAUCGGCAACACCGCCUGGACCAGGACAAGAUAGAGAUCCUCAACAACAAGGUUCGUCAGCUGGAGAGGACUGUGAGUCUGAGAGACCUGUCCAUCGUGGAGAUGGAGGGGAAAAUGAGAGAGAUGUCUGCUGCUACGUAUGAUGGCAUCUUUGUCUGGAAGAUCUCGGAUUUCACCAAGAAGAGGCAGGAUGCUGUGGCUGGCCGUGCUCCUGCCAUGUUCUCUCCUGCCUUUUAUACCAGUAAAUACGGCUACAAGAUGUGCUUGCGGAUAUACCUGAACGGUGAUGGGACAGGCCGAGGGACCCACUUGUCUCUGUUCUUUGUGGUGAUGAGAGGACACAGCGAUGCACUCCUGAAGUGGCCUUUUAAUCAGAAGGUCACCCUAAUGCUGCUUGACCAGAACAACAGAGAGCACAUAAUUGAUGCCUUCCGGCCCGACAUCUCCUCCUCGUCCUUCCAGAGGCCCGUCAGUGAUAUGAACAUCGCCAGCGGCUGUCCGCUCUUCUGUUCGCUCUCCAAACUGGACACUAAAAACUCCUACAUACGCGAUGACACCAUCUUCAUCAAGGCCAUCGUUGACCUCACAGGACUCUAGGCAAAAGAUAAUGGCAUAAAUCCAACCCUGCCUUUUGUUGUUUUAACGAACAGGCUUUUGUAUCAUCAGUUACAGGCAUUUCUCUGUGAGGUUCUGUCGAGUUCUUUGUGGUUUUGGUAUGGAUUUUUGGCGGCAGUAUGUGAAAACAGAGCAGACAAAUCUCAGAGACAUACAUUCCAAGACCUAGGAAAAAUACUAUACUUGUGAAAUAAGUAGAAAACAUUGUGACAUUGUCUGUAAUCUCUAUGGCUUUUUGUACCAUAGAUGAGGUUGUCCAUGUUCAGUUCCACUAGAAAAUGACCUGAUUUUACCAAGAGGUUUAGGGUGAUUUAACAAGGAUUUUAUGUCCAUUCACCUUUUAAAUGUUGGUUCUUAAUUCAUAUUUUGCUGCUAGUGAAGGCUCAAAAUAACUAGGUCUACUAUAGCUAGCAUUGGUACCAAAUCUUGAAUCCCACAUAAUAGUUAAUGUUAAAUUCUAAAGAUUGCACAUUUGAAAACUAUGGCCUUGAUAUGGUUAACUUGUUAGGAAAUUAUUUCUUAUGAACACAUCCAGCAGACACAGAGUAACAUCAGCAUUCAACAGGAGUUGCUACUCUUGCAACCAGAGAAAUUAAAUAUUUAGUUAGUUUUGGUCUCAACUCCUUGCUCUUUUGCUUGCUUGCUGCUACGUUCACCAGCUAUCCGCUAGCUUUGUCUGCCAUUUAGUGCUGGACCGGUACAAUGUACAAUGGGUUUAUCAAAGCUUUUAUUUUGAAUGAAAACAGCCGCCUGGUGCUGCUAGGUACGAGGUGAAUGAAAGUGGUGAAGCCGAUUUAAAAAUAGUAAAAUUUUGGGUUGUGUAAUCAAAACAGUUUAAAGAUGCUAUGAGGGACCCCUUUUACAUUACAUGCAGUUAUUCGACCCAUUGUUAAUGUAAAAAUAUUUGUAGUGCAGCUAUCAAAAAAAAAACAUCUGUCAAACUACUACUACUUGUAUUUCUGUUUCCUGAUGUU